AUGGAUCGAUUUUACAUCCGAAGAUUUCGCCCACGAGCUAAUGCAAUUUCCGAUAUUUUAGAACAGCAGUUUUCGCUUGAUGCUUCAACAGAUGAUAAUACGUUUGGUACCUCGUUCGAGAAUGAGGCCACUAGUUUCCACCGUGACUGCGAAGAGCAGAACCUUUCGUUAUUGAGAUCCGCGCCUCAUUUCCCUGAGCAGGGCUCUGCAGAGGGAAGAAAUAUCUUUAAGAGACCAGUUGCUGGCACAACUGCAAGCCUUCAAGAAAAUACAGGCAAUACACUGCCAUAUCUUGCUUUACAUUUGGAAAAAUACAACCAACAAGCUAUUGACACCUUGGUUCUUUCAAACGCAACCGAGCUUGAUCUGAGCAUUGAAAACAGUAUACCCCAAACACCCACCGCCUUUAAAUCAGACUACAAAGAGUUAUCCUUGUUGAUUGCAACCGAGGAACUUAAAAGCGUUGUCCCGUCGACAAAAAUGUUUUCCAAACUAUGUAGACAGCGUGUCUUACAAGAAGGUACCAUUUUGAUUUCCAAUUUAAUUUUUUAG